AUGGACGCACCCAUUGACCAGCUCAAGCAGUUGGCAGCGACGGCUGAUGAUGUAACCCGUCAGCAGCUCGUGAGGUCGCUGAACGAGUUGGUCCUCUCGCUAGAAAGCCCCAAUGACACGGUCCACAGAUACGGACACAUGAACCUCCAGACAGCCACCAUCAGAAUCGGCUUCGACUUGGGACUCUUCAAGCUCUUAUCUGAAGCAGGAGGCCCGAUUAGCGUAGAAGAGGUGGCCCAAAAGACUCGAUCAGAGCGCGCCUUGAUUCAUCGAAUCUUGAGAUAUCUGGAGGCCAUUGGCGCAGUCACCGAGACCUCGGCAACCCAGUACAGCGCGAACAACGUCACUAGAAACCUCACGGAGAAGGCUGUUGAAGCAGGCUUGGGACAUUACUUCUACACGGCCGGACCCCAGUAUGAGGCCCUGCCAGCCUUCUUGAAGAGAACAAAUUACCGAAACCCCGCCGACGAGCUGCAUACAGCUUUCCAGGAUGCAUGGAAAACACCACUCCACGCGUUUGCUUGGUUUGGUGAGAACCCCGAGCACCUCGCCAACUUCAAUGACUACAUGGCUCUUCGUCGUCAGCCCCAAGUUUCGUGGCUCUCGGUGUAUCCCGUCGCACGCGAAAUCAAGAAUUGGGAUGCGCAGGACAAAGACAGAGUUUUAUAUGUCAACAUAGGUGGCGGCAUCGGACAUCAGUGCAAACAGUUCAAGGAGAAAUAUCCCGAUCUGACCGGGAGGGUGGUCCUUCAGGAUCUCCCGCAUUCGAUCGCGAAGGCUCUACCGACUCCGGGAGUUGAGAACCUGGAGCAUGAUUUUUUCCAACCGCAGCCGAUCAAGAAUGCCAAAUUCUACCAUCUCCGGGGCAUCCUCCACGACCAUCCGCCACACCAAGUCCAGAAGAUCCUGGAGCAGACCAAGGCGGCCAUGGGGCCAGAGUCGGUCCUGCUGAUUGACGAGAUGAUCUUGCCCGAGAGAGGGGUGAAUCUGAUGGCCGCGUCUAUAGACUUGACCAUGCUUACGGCCUUGGCAGGCAUGGAGCGGACCGAGGCGCAAUGGCAUGACACAUUGAGAGAGGCAGGGCUUGAACUUGUUGAAACCUUUAUGUACGCACCGUUACAUUAUGAGGGGGUGAUGCAUGUGAGAUUGCCAGGCGUCAAUCCAUGA